AUGGGAGGUGCACAUCAGGGGCAAAGUGGAGAUAUGCAGAGCCUGGGUUUGCGAUGCUCACAGGAAAACAACUGUAAUGUAGCGUGCUCUGACCCAAUCAUCGAAACCCAGUUGUCUGAUAGGAUUACAUCCCCUGAUCCUGUGGGAAGGUUGCAGGUUUCGAGUUUCAGAGACUCACACAACAGAACCUGCUCUGUCGAAUGCUCUAAUCAUUUCAUCGACCCACUGCUGUCUGAUAUGUGUUGUAGGCCUAUUUCUGUUGAGAACCAUGAGUUGUUUGAUCCUAAUGUGGUAAAUGAAACUGCAGGAUGGCUCAUGGUCUUGUCGGAUGGUAUCUCAUCAAAUGAUGAGAAUGCUGUAAUAACCGACCUCAGAAAAUCAAAAAGAAUCCUCAUAUUGGAGGGGAAAGGUGAGAAAAGUUUGUCGAUCAGAAAGAUAGUACAGAGGAAGAAGGUUACGUUCAUGGGACUUGUGGAGAGUAAACAUAAAAACUCUCUCCGAAAUAGGAUGAAGAGGAUGUGGGGUAACGAAGAAUUCGACAUCUGUGAAGUCUAUGCCACUGAUACGAAUGGGGGUGGUGUGAUCGCUGUGUGGGAUACGAAAACCUUCAACGCUUCAAAUAAACAUACGGGAAGUAGAUGGAUCUUGCUAGAAGGGUGUAUCAGUGAAUAUAAUUUUGAGUGCUGUGUGGGUGUGAUUUACGGGCAUAACGAUAGAGUAGAGCGAUAUGCUCUGUUUGAGGAGCUUAAACUAAGGGUGGACAGUAUCAAUAAGCCAAUCAUACUGCUAGGGGAUUUCAGUGUUACGCUACAUGCUGGGGAAAGAAUCGGAACCUUUAGAUGCGACCGUAGCAUGAGAGAAUUCUCGGAAUGGAUUGCAGAUCUGAAUUUGAUUGAUAUACCCUUACAUAGUGUGAAAUUCACCUGGCGACGGAAUGAAUCGAAAAGCAAACUUGAUAGAGGUUUAUGCUGCCAUACUUGGCUGAGGAUGUUCCCGAAUCUGAAUUUGUUGGGCCUGAAUAGAUUCCUCUCUGAUCAUACACUAGUGGAAAAAACAAACUGGGGUCCCAAACCCUUCAGAUGUUAUGACGCUUGGUUCAUGAAUCCUCAGUUUAAAUUCUUCCUUGUCAAUGAAUGGCGCAACAUUCCAAAUGUGCCGCUACACAACAAGCUGAAGCUCCUUGAAUCCCCCCUGAGAACAUGGCGAAAAGAAAAUUUUGAUCUCAUGGAUAACAAAAUCGCAGAUCUUGAGGUAGUUAUACAUGAUCUUGAAAGAAAAAGCGAUGACAGAGUGCUUGAUAGUUUGGAGAUGGCCAGACUAAACGCAGCCAAUAGCCUCCUGCACCAGUGGCUCAUCAGAAGAGAAAGAGUAUGGAGACAAAGAGCUAGAACAUACGGCUUUACCAUAAAAGAUCACAACUCAAAAUUCUUCCAUGCCGCGACCAUCUUCAAAAGAAAGAAAAAUGAGAGUACUCAAGUAAGCAUUAAUAGCAGGAGAGUUCUUGGGGUUGAAAACCUAAAGGCGGAGAUCAGAAAUUACUUUGUGCAAAGAUUUACUCAAGAACAAGUACCGGGUUUUGAUUUCGAUCUGGAUAACCAUCCGAAAAUCACAGAAGCACAAGUCGUGUUCCUUAAAACAAUCCCCUCGAGAGAAGAAGUUAAAAAAGCAGUGUGA